CAACUAUUUUCCUCCCUUUGUGUCGGUGAAUUGUUUCCUGCUUUACUGAAUCGAUUUGUUGCGGAUGUUGGUGAAGUUUUAUGGGAUGUGAUAGUGUGUUAAGAAAUCCGUGUUUUGUUUCAUCGAUCUGAUAGUUCUCUAGGCUGAAUUUACUGCUGAGAUAUUUGGUUGGGGCUUUCAUGGGUUUUCAGAAAUGAUUGGGGAUUGAAGUCAGAACAGUGAAAGUAAGCAAUGCUUCUUUAGGUGCUUCUGAGCAAGAUAUCAAGGAGUUCUUUUCAUUUUCUGGAGAUAUUGAGUAUGUGGAAAUGAAAAGUGCUGAUGAACGGUCUCAAAUUGCUUAUGUGACUUUCAAGGAGCCUCAGGGUGCAGAGACUGCUGUGCUUCUUUCAGGAGCUACUAUUGUUGAUCAAUCAGUCACUAUAACUCUUGAUCCCGAAUACAAGCUUCCACCUCAGGCUUUAUCAACACCAAUUGUUACUGAAAGCCAGAAUGUCGGUGCUGAUGGAUCUGGAUCUGGAUCUGCAAUCCAGAAGGCAGAAGAUGUUGUCAGCAGCAUGUUGGCCAAGGGUUUUAUCCUGGGCAAAGAUGCAGUUAACAAAGCCAAGACUUUUGAUGAGAAGCACCAGUUCACUUCCACUGCCACAGCCAAAGUUGCAGCUUUGGACCAAAAGAUUGGAUUCACUGAGAAAAUCGGUAUGGGGGCGAACAUUGUGAAUGAAAAGGUUAAAGAAGUGGACCAGAAGUUUCAGGUUUCUGAGAAGACAAAGUCUGCCAUUGCUGCCGCGGAGCAGACUGUUAGCAAUGCUGGAUCUGCCAUUAUGAAGAACAGGUACGUUCUCACCGGGGCAACUUGGGUUACUGGUGCCUUUAAUAAGGUUACCAAGGCUGCUGGGGAAGUCGGGCAGAAGACAAAAGAAAAAAUGGCUGAAGAACAGCAGGUUAAAAAUGCAGCAGAAGGCUACACACAGUUACAUGCUUCUGAAUCCCCAAAGGCUUCCACUGCUGAGGAACCAAAUAAGUCUACUGUUCAGGGUUUAGUCCUUUAAUUUGUGUAAAUGUGUAAAACCCAGAUGUUUAAGUUUUAGUGGUUGCCUGCCAUUUUCACUCAUAUGCUACUUAGACUUUGAACUGUAAUUGUGCACUGUCAGAAUUCAUACAUGCUUUUUAUACAUCAAACUUAUUUAUUAUGUCAUUUAUGUGACUGGAUAAAUGGCAUUUUUCUUUGAAAA